AAGAGCAUGUGAUGUUUUCAUUUGCUGGUUUUAAGUGGCAAAAGCAGCAUUUCCUUCCAUGUCUUAAGUAUUACUGUUUUUAACAAAUUACUCUCUGUGCAUACAGCAUUUGUCAGGGACUGCACUGCAGCACAAUCCUUGUUAAAAAUUACUUGUUUGAAGAAAUAUUUGCUUUUUGUCAAAAGGACUAAUUUUAUAUUUGAUCAUCAGGUUUGACUGAUCUAAUGAUCUCUUAAAUGAGGUACCCACUUAACCUUUUUACUCUGCAUUUCUAAAAUAUACAGACACCCCCCAUGGCAAUUAGAUAAUGGAAACCAAUCCCUGCAGUUAUUUGCACUGUCGAUUUUGUGGGUAAUUUGAGAUGGAGCAGGUGAAGGUGCUGGGCACAUGGACGAGUCCAUUCAGUGCGCGCGUCUUGAUUGGUUUGGAAGAGAAAGGCGUGAAAUAUGAAUACCAGGAAGAGGUGCUCUCCAACAAAAGCGAUUUCCUCCUGCAAAUGAAUCCUGUGUACAAGAAAAUCCCUAUCCUCAUCCACAAUGGCCAGCCCAUUUGCGAGUCUCUAGUCAUUCUUCAGUACAUUGACGAGACAUGGGACUCCAAACAGAUUACGCCCUCCAAGCCAUAUGACCGUGCUCUUGCCCGCUUUUGGGCUGACUUCAUAGAUAAGAAGUUCUUUUCGCAAUCGCGCUCUCUUUCAUUGAGAUUGACUGGCGAUGAUAUAGAACAGGACAAACAUGAUACUUUGGAGAAUCUUAAAAUCUUAGAGGGAGCGUUGAGAAACAUGUCAGGAGGAGGAUCUCUUCCUUUCUUCGGUGGAGAGGAUUUUGGGUUCCUGGAUAUCGCCAUUAUUCCCUUUGCAUCUUGGUUUCAGACUUUUGAGUAUUUUGGGAAUUUUAAGAUCCCACUUGAGACUGAAUAUCCGCUGCUUAAUGCAUGGGUUAAGAGAUGUAUGGAGAGGGAAAGCAUUAAGAAAGUUCUUCCUUCACCUGACCGGAUUCUCCAAGCCGGGAUUCUGCAAGCCAAGAAUUACCUAGCCCAGAAAUAACUGUCAUCACUGUUCAUUACCAUUACCAGUAAUUUAUGCAUGUGUUUUACUUUGUUCAGUUUGUCAUGGAUUUAGGCAGUGUGAAAUUUAGUGUUGCACAUGCUCUGUUUUGUGGGUCUGUUUGGAAAAUGGUGAAUCUGAAUCUCCUCUUUUUCAAUGGAAAU